CGCCCCGGGGCGGUGACUGACAGCAGCGCGGCGAAGCCCGGGAGCGACCGGCUCCCGGCAUGGCAGCGGCGAGCGAGGCGCCGGGCGACCCCAGCCCCCAGGACUUCGUCUACGGGGAGGAGGACUUUGUCCUGCAGGGAGCCGGCUGGGGCGGGGAGCCGGGCUCCGCGCCCUCCCGCUUCGACCGGGCGCUGCUGGAGGGCUGGAGCGACAGGAUGGAGCGGGGCUUGUUCCGGUACCGGCUGGGGCCGCUGCCCACCCGCGUCCUGCCCGGCCCCAUGAGCCUGGUGGCCCAGCUCAACGUCCAGCGCGGCACCGAGCGCCGCCCGCCGCAGGCCGUCCUCAGCCUCCGGCAGCCCUUCGACCCCCGGGCCUUCAACUUCACACGGAUGCGGCCCGGCGAGGUGCUGCUCCGCCUGCGCAGGGCGGCGGACGAAGGAGAAGGAGGAGGGGGAGGGGAUGGGGGUGCCGUGGCCCCCGACCACCUCCUGGUGGCCAUCAACGUCAGCCCGCUGGAGCGGGGCCACGUCCUGCUGCUGCCGGAGCCGGGCCGGGGGCUGCCGCAGGCCCUCACCGCCCCGCUGCUCCGCGGGGGGCUGGAGGCGGCGCUGCUCAGCGCCCACCCGGGCUUCCGCCUGGGCUUCAACGGGCUGGGGGCCUGCGCCUCCCUCAACCACCUCCACCUGCACGCCUUCUACCUGGGCCGGCCGCUGCUGGUGGAGUCGGCGCCCGCCCAGCCCCUCUGCCCGGCCCGCGGCCUCAGCCUGCUGCGGGACGUCCCGGCGCCCGCCUUCCUCUUCUACGCCGCCGGCCCCGCCGGCCUGGAGGCGCUGGCGCGGGACGUCUGCCGGGCGGCGGAGCACCUGACAGACACCGGCCUGGCCUACAACGUCUUCGUCACCCGCGGCGACCCGCCGGAGGGGGCGGGGGCGGGGGCCGGGGCCGGGGCCGGGGCCAGGCGGGGGCUGCGGGUGCUGCUGUGGGCGCGCAGGCCCAGCUUCGGCGCCAAGGCGGGCGCGGCCUUCAACGUGGCGCUCUGCGAGCUGGCGGGGUACCUGCCGCUGCCGGCGGCGCCGCUCUUCCGGGACAUCACCGAGGCCGAGGCCCUGCGCGCCAUCCGCGAGCACCUCCUGCCGGAGCCGCAGCUGCUGCGUCUCGGCGAGGACCUGGCGCGGCUCCUGGCGGGCUGACCGGGGCCGGGGCCGCCCCCCGCACCGGCACCGGCGCGCCUGCCUCCGCGCCGUCCGCCAGGAGGCGCUGCGCGGCGGCGGGCCCGGCGGAGGCGCGCGAGGCCGCUCUGGCUGGCGGCGGCGGCGGCGCUAUGGCCGGUGAGGAGGGGGCGGUGGGGGGGCCCCGCGCGGGCCCCGCCCCCGCGCGGGCCCCGCCCGGCGAGUGCGGCCCCGUCGCCAUGGGAACGGGGCGACCCUGGCAGCCGGUGCGAUGGAGGCGGGCGGCGGCGGCGGCGGGAGGCCGGCCCCGGGAUCCUCCCCGGGCCUGCCCGCUGCCGCCAGCGGCCCCCCCGGUCCCGAGCCGCGGAAGAGGCGGAGGAAGCGCAGGCGAGUGCGGCGGCAGGGAGGCGGCCCCACCCCCCCUCGGCAGGGCCCGCCCGCGCGCUCCCGGGCCGUUGUCCCCGUGUUCCGCCGGGACCUCGGGGAGCCUGUCCGCCCGUCUGUCCGCCCCUCUGCCGUUAGCGUGGGGCGGUGCCGCCGCCGGGCCCCGCCUGUUCCCCCCCGCCGUACAGACCGGCGGACUCGCGUUCGUUCCCGGGCGCGGUGGCAGAGCCCGGCGGGACGCGGCCCCGGGGCUGCGGGAGCGAGGGCCUGGCCCUGCCCGAUGCCGAGGGGCAAUGCUGAACUGGGCCCUCUGGUCCUCGGCCCCAGAGAGGCUUUCUGGGGACCUUCUGAAUCGGAAAAUAAACGCUCUUUCCCCUAAA